AUGUCUCAAGAUGAUACUCGUACUUCAGAGGUACCCAACGCAAUUGAUGAAAUCAUGAAGAAAAUUGGAAAUGCAGGUCUCUAUCAAAAAAGAUUCAACAUCGCCUUUAAUUUGAUCCUGUCAUUUUUGGCCGCCAUGCCCUAUUUGAACCUGUAUAUAAGUCUAGCUACACCUGAUCAUUGGUGUCACGUGCCAGGACGUGAAAAUACCAACUAUACCAUCAAUGAUUGGAAAAAUUUAACAAUUCCAAAAGAAGUAGAUUCGAAAGGUCUUCUUAGUUAUUCAAAAUGCAAAAGGUAUGACACCUGGAAUACCACCAGUAAUAAAAACGAAGUAAAAUGUGAUAAUGGAUGGGAUUACGAUCACACCUGGUAUGAUCAAACAGCACCAACCCAAAACAACUGGGUGUGUGACAAUGACAUGGUACCCUCUGAUACCAUAGCCCUAGGAUUUGUUGGAGAACUUGUUGGUACCAUGAUAAUGGGACACGUGGCUGAUAACUAUGGAAGAAUGCCAAUAUUUUUCGCGUCUCUUAUAAUAGCAGUUUCCGGUCGGGUUAUGCUCACGUUAACAUCGGAAUGGGUCUAUGCUUUCCUCUUCUUCAGUUUCUUCAGUUCCCUGGUAAGCACAGCGUUGACCCAAGGACCAUUUGUUAUCGCCAUGGAAAUAUGCCGGCCUAAAGAUCGAGCGCUUGUUGGUGUGAUUGUGUGUUUCGGUACCAACAUGGGUCUAUCCACUAUUCCUCUCCUGAUGUGGUUGUUGCGUGACUGGGUACCAUUUAUAAUAGCAUCUACACUCCCAUGCGCUAUUUAUUUAUUCUCACGACCUUGGAUCAUUGAAUCACCACGUUGGUUAGCAUCAAAAGGGAGGCUAGAGGAUUGUAUCAAAGAGUUGUCUAAAGUGGCAAAAACCAACAAGACUGAAAUGCCCCCUAAUGCUGAGGCAAUGCUUAAGAAAUACUGUGAGCAAAAUGGUCAUGAUAAACAUCAAAGUGUGCUUGGUUUGAUUUCCAGUCCCCGAUUGGCUAAGAAUACUGUUCUUCUUAUAACUUGUUGGUGUAUUGUACAACAGAUUUAUGUUUCACUUACUAUCAAUGUUACCAAUCUUGAUGGUAACCCAUUUUUGAAUUAUCUCUUUCAAGCAUUGGCUGAGUUACCAGCUUAUGUGAUUGCCAAAUACCUUAGUGAUCGAUAUGGGAGGAGAUGCAAUACUUUCAUCAGUUUUACAUUAUCGUCUUUAUCUUGUUUUGCCAUCAUAUUUUUAAUCAAUGAUACUUCAAUGGCCCCCGUGAUAAAUUACAUUUGUAUCUUCAUGAAGUUCAGUGUAACUUUAGCUUACUUUUCAAUUAAUCUUCAAGCCCUGGAGAUUUAUCCAACUUGUAUCCGGCAAAUUGGUUGUGCAGUUGGAGGUCUCUUCGGAAGUGCUACCAAUAUUAUAGUUCCUUAUAUUAUAGCCCUCGGUGUUUCCGUAAAUGCUACACUCCCUUUUGUGAUAUAUUUAUUAUGUUCGAUUUUGGGAGCUAUUUGUUGUAUUUUCCUACCGGAAACGCAUGGCCAUGACCUGCCAGAAACCCUCGCUGAUGCAAAAUGUUUCGGAGCAGAUCAAGAUUUUUGGGGGCGGCCAAAAACACGUCGGAAUAUACCCGAUGGUGCGGAUAGACCUCUUACUGAACAAACUUAA